AGUGCCAACAUGCUUUUUCAUCAAACCUUAGGCUGCGUUGUUCGGUAGCAGUAAUGCCUCUUAUAGUUUUGUGCGGUUACCCCUGCAGCGGCAAAACACAAAGGGCCGAAGAACUGAAGGUGUGUUUUGAACGCCGCACCGACCGAAAGGUUCACAUUGUAGGAGACGCAGCGCUGGGCGUUGAGAAAAACACUGUUUACGCAGAUUCACAAAAGGAAAAAAACGUCCGAGCAUCGCUGAAAGCUGAAGUGGAAAGGAAAGUCAACAAGGAUGACAUUGUCAUUUUUGAUUCAUUAAAUUACAUAAAAGGCUACCGCUACGAACUGUUCUGUCUCAUCAAACAUACGCAGACACCACACUGCCUGGUAUACUGUUUAACGUCGGGUGAAAUUAGCUCAACGUGGAACGCAAGCAGAGAUGCGGCUGAGCGGUACAACCAGGACAUCUUUGACGCAUUGGUGCUGAGAUUUGAAGCUCCAGACUCCAGAAACCGAUGGGACAGUCCCCUCUUCACCAUCCUGAAAGACGACGCGCUUCCAUAUGAGGACAUUUCUGACGCACUUUUCAAAAGGAAGGCCCCGCCCCCUAACCAGUCUACACAGAGUCAACCACUGUCAUCUGUGAACUUCUUGCACGAGUUGGACAAGAUCACACAAGAUGUGUUAUUGGCAAUUUUUAACUCACUGAAGACGAGCGUUCCAGGCGAUCUCAUCACAGUACCCGGAGCCACCGAAAAGGUCGAGCUCACCAGGCCCAUCAACAUGGCAGAGCUGAGGAAAUUACGCCGACAGUUCAUCAGCUACACCAAGACACACCCAACGGAGAACAGCGGACACAUUUCCAACAUGUUUGUGCAGUAUUUAAAUAAGAGUCUUCACUGAAAUUUUAACAGCAGAGGUUUCAGUUUAUUAUUUGCUUCAACUGAUAAAUUAAUUCAAUGAUA